CGCCUGCAGACUGAUUGAGGGUCUUGUUAACAUGGCGGAUCUGAACGAGGUUUUGUUGUCAGUCCUGUCGACUAUCCGGGUACCCAAACCCGGAGACCGGGUUCACAAAGACGAAUGCGCUUUCUCGUUUGACAGCCCGGAGUCUGAGGGAGGACUGUACGUCUGCAUGAGCACGUUCCUGGGCUUCGGGAAGCAGUUUGUGGAGAGACACUACAGGAAGAGCGGCCAGAGAGCCUACCUGCACAUCAAGAGGACCCGCAAACCGAAGGAAGAGGAGGGGGGGUCAGGAUCAGGGGACCCUCCAAGGAAGAAACCCACCCGGCUGGCGAUCGGAGUGGAGGGAGGAUUUGAAGUCUCCUCUGAGCAUGCUCAGUUUGAAGAGGAAGUGAAGCUGGUGAUUCUCCCAGAGAGACUGGAAGUGACAUCAGAGGACUUGAGCAGCAUGCCUGAUGUUGUGAGAGAGAGGGUGUCUCUCUCUCUCUCCGGUAUUCUCUCCUCGGACUCUGCCUCUCACCAGGAUGAGGUUCAGCAGUGGGACGGGGAGGUACGGCUUGUCUCCAAGCACGCCGCAGGACUACAGCAGCUCGACUCUGGGCUGCGCAUCCCCCCCAGUGGCUGGCGCUGUCAGGUCUGUGACCUCGAUGAGAAUCUCUGGAUGAACCUCACUGACGGGGCGAUUCUGUGUGGCCGGCGCUACUUCGACGGGAGCGGCGGGAACAACCAUGCCAUGCAGCACUACCGCGAGACAGGCUUCCCGCUGGCCGUCAAACUGGGCACCAUCACCCCGGCCGGAGCAGACGUGUACUCCUAUGAUGAGGAUGACAUGGUUUUGGAUCCUGGGCUCCCUUCACAUCUCGCCCACUUCGGCAUCGACAUGAUGCAAAUGCAGAAGACUGACAAGACAAUGACGGAGCUGGAGAUUGAUAUGAACCAGCGCAUUGGGGAGUGGGAGGUGAUCCAGGAGUCGGGGGGUGCGCUGCAGCCUCUCUGUGGCCCGGGGUACACUGGCAUGAAGAACCUGGGCAACAGCUGCUACCUGAACUCUGUGAUGCAGGUGCUGUUCAGUGUGCCGGACUUCCAGAGCACGUAUGUUGCGAAUUUGGAGAAAAUUUACCAAGACGCCCCGACAGACCCAACUCAGGAUUUCAGAACACAAGUGGCAAAGCUGGGUCACGGGCUGCUCUCAGGGGAGUACUGCAGGCCGGCCGAGGGGUGGAGCGAGGGGGGCCCCAGCACAGAGCCCAAGGGGGAUCAGGAGGGCAUAGCCCCCCGAAUGUUCAAGGCUCUGGUUGGGAAGGGGCAUCCGGAAUUCUCCACAAAUCGGCAGCAAGAUGCCCAGGAAUUCCUGCUGCACUUUGUCAACAUGGUUGAGCGGUAUUGCCGUUCCUCUGAUUGUCCCUCGGAGUCGUUCCGGUUCCUGGUUGAGGAGCGGAUCCACUGCCUGCAGUCUGACAAAGUGAAAUACACCCAGCGAGCAGAGUCCCUGCUGCAGCUGCCUGUUCCCCUGGAACACGCCACCAACAAGGAGGAGCUGAGUGAGUACGAGCAGAAGAAAAAGGAGGCCGAGCUUGCCAAGGCCCCUCCCCCUGAGCUGGUGCGCGCUCACAUCCCAUUCGCUGCCUGUCUGAGCGCGCUCAGUGAGCCUGAGACCCUGGAGGAAUUCUGGAGCUCGGCCCUGCAGGCGAAGAGCAUGGCCAGCAAGACCACACGCUUCGCCUCCUUCCCAGACUACCUGGUCAUUCAGAUCAAGAAGUUCACCUUUGGACUCGACUGGGUCCCCAAAAAACUGGAUGUGUCGAUUGAGAUGCCGGACUCCCUGGAUGUUUCCUCCCUCCGAGGGGCGGGGCUACAGCCAGGGGAGGAGGAGCUCCCAGACCUGGCCCCGCCCUCUCUCAUUACACCAGACGUCGAGGUCAAAGGUAGCCUGGGUGGUUUCCUUAGCAACACAGAGGAAGACGAUUCACUCUGCUCACCACUGCUUUCCACUCCAAACUCUCCUGUCCUGGAUGAGUCUGUGAUCACUCAGCUGGCUGAGAUGGGAUUCCCAGUGGAGGCCUGCCGCAAAGCCGUCUUCUAUACUGGGAACACUGGGGUCGAGGCUGCCAUGAACUGGGUGAUGACUCACAUGGAUGACCCAGAUUUCUCCGCCCCCUUGGUGCUACCGGGUUUUAGCCCUGCCCCCACUGACAUGCCCACUCCACAGGGCACUCCAGACCCGCCCCCUUCCGAGGAACACCUAGCAACCAUCAUCUCCAUGGGCUUCUCCAGAGACCAGGCCAGUAGGGCGCUGAAAGCCACAAGUAACUCGCUGGAGAGAGCAGUGGACUGGAUCUUCAGCCACAUCGACGAUCUGGAUGCGAUGGACAUUUCAGAGGGACGCUCUGCAGCAGAGUCUGUCUCGGAGUCCGUCCCUGCUGGACCCAGAGUGAGGGACGGAGAAGGAAAGUACGAGCUGUUUGCCUUCAUCAGUCACAUGGGCACCUCUACCAUGUGUGGGCACUAUGUGUGUCACAUCAAGAAGGAGGGCAGAUGGGUGAUUUAUAAUGACCAAAAGGUUUGUGCCUCUGAGAAACCUCCAAAAGACCUGGGCUACAUCUACUUCUACCAGCGAUCGAGCAGCUAGAGGGGAGAGAGGAGAGAGGAGAGAGGGGAGAAGGAGGGACACAGAAACACUACAAGGCAGUGGGUGCAUGUCCAUGCAGGUUUCUCGAUGUCUUCAAACACUGUGGAGUUCUGUGAAUGUCUCUAACCGCUCGCCCGAUUGGGAUGAAACGCGUGUGUGUGUGUGUAUCUGCAGGGUGUUGGUGGUCAAUUAAAGUAUAUCUAAAACAUUUGUAAAACCUUACAUAGUGUGUGUAUCCUGUGUGUCUGUCUGUCUGCCUGUAUGUGUGUGUGUGGGGGGUUCUGCCUCUGUAGGGUGUUAUAGGUCAAUUGAAGGAUGUAUCUAAAACAUUUAUAAAACUGACCAUGAUAAUGUUUGAAUGGAUCAUUGUGUGGGGAAGGGAGAGUGUUGCUAUAGAUAACUUUAUUCAGAUAUUAUGGUCUGUGUUCUCUCAAUCACUCUCCCCCUCUCCUUUACCAAAAUCCCUUGUGACCUCCUCCUAAUUGCUGCUGCAGCUGUGAUGUCAUCUCUUGGCCAGCCAAUCAGAACGUUCCUGUGGGUUUUUUCCUUUGCUUUUUGUUUUGGUAUGUCUAGAAAUAAGUAAUGAGAUUUAAAGUCUAAAAACAAGAGAAAAAAAUUGAACUUUCUUCUGAAAUAAACGUUGCUGUUUACACUGCAA